AUGAACUCUCUGACAUCUAACACACAAGACAAGCAAGAAAACGGAUUCUUGUCUCCAUCAGAACCAAACACCAGAAGAACCCUGAGACGACCAGCAUCUCGCUCCCACCGCUUAUCUCAAGGAUACGACAUGCAGGCCGGAUACCCAGAACAAUUGUCAGGCUAUGAAAUCAUUGAAAGCAGUCAAGAAAGACAAGACGGUGAAGAUAAAGGUAAUUAUAUCCAUAUGUAA